AUGUCUUUGCUCAGUCUCGUUGCGAGGUUUUCUCGCCCUGCCGUGCGUACUCUCCGACCAAGAUUCUUUUCCCUAACUUUGCAAAGAAACAAAAAAGCCGAGCCUACAACCUCCUCAUCUAUCUACAACCUCCCUCCCUCCGCAUCCAAGUUUAAACUACGAGAUAUUGACCUACUGAGAGUGGGCUUCAAACCAGCUUCAAGCGAGAACGCUGUUAUACCCGAUGUUGAAGUCACCAACUUUGCGGACAAUUAUAUUCUCCCUCAUAUUAAUCGUAAAAUCCUUUCAAAUGCGGAGUUUGAUGUCGGCGAAUUUCAACACAUCUCGGAUCCUCAAGUUCAAACGUUCGCUACCAAAUUGCAUAACGUCGUAUUCAAUGGUUUUCAGGUGACAGGCACAGCCGAGACUUUUACUGACACACUUGUGGAUGAUCUACUCCGUAUCGUUAAACUGAAUUACUUUCCCUUGAUGAUCAGAAAUCACCCGCUAUGUAAACUAUAUAUUGAAGACGAGCCCUGCGUGUCCUCAGAACCCGAGUUUGUGGUGCAAAGGCAAAAGAUUGUUGUUCUUGUGGACAAACACCUGAAAAAUGUCGGGUAUGCUACUGAUUUUGGGGAAUCACAGAUCGCUGUGGAGAUUCUUUCUUGUGGUAGUGAGAAUAUACGAUCCCUUGGGGAAGCACCUAGAGAUCAGACAAUAUGGGCUAUUCGUGUAAUCUCUACAUAUGUUACCUUUUAUAAAGCUACGAUUACUGCAAUGUAUUGGAUGGAACUUGCAAACGGCCUACCGAAAGAAGAGUCAGUUAAGGUUCAAAGAUGGCCAGCUGAGAAUGGUUUGACGACUGGUUUCGAUCUCGCUGAACCGGACGGCAGACGGACAGUGUUGACAGCAUUGGUCAAAAUUCUCGUGAUGGUGAGUAGUCUAGCGUGUUUUAUCAGUCCAAUUUAUUAUAAUAAAGAAUUGCUAUUAUAG